GGUUAACCAUCGGAUUAGUGUCCAUCACAUGUCCGCACAGAUGUCGACUUCGGGAUCAGCUAAACGUAGUAAAGAGUUGACGGCUGAAGAGUUGUCGCGAAUCGAGCGGAACCGUCAGAAAGCGCUUCUUCUGCGGCAACAAAAACAACAGAAACUGACGGCUCAUGAGUUGUACUCAUUGGAGGCCAAUCACCAGCACAGCGGCACCGGUAGUCAGUCGACGGUCGGCGCCCACGACUCCGGCGGAGGUUUUCUCGUCGACUCCGACGACGAGAGAGACACCACUGACAGCCAAUCGGCCAAUACUACCGCCGAUGACAACGGUGUCAGCGAAGCCGUCAAAUGCGAGGAAUGCGGACAAGAGUUUCACAAAUCGUUUUUGUGGUCAAAGUUUUCGGUGAAGACGUGCGACUCGUGUCGCGACCUGAAGGACAGGCAUUCGUUGGUCACCAGAACGGAGGCGAAGAGUGAAUACCUGCUGAAGGACUGCGAUCUCGACAAACGGCCACCACCGCUGAGAUACUACGCCAAGAAGAACCCCCACGAGUUCGCGAGAGGGGAUAUGAAGCUAUACCUGAGGUCACAGGUGGAGGACCGGGCGCUGGAGGUGUGGGGCUCUGAGGAGGCGUUGGAAGAGGAGAGGGAGCGGCGGGUCGGGAAGGGUCGCAAACGGAAGGAGAAGCAGUACGAGAAACGUCUGAAGAGUCUGCGGAUGUCUGUCAGGAGUAGUCUCUACACGAGAGACACUGUCGGACACAACCAUGACUUCGACGAUGAGGUGUAUAAUGAAGAGGAGGACAGGUAUGAGAAACGGUGUAAGAGUUGCGGACAUUUAGAUAGUUAUGAGAAAAUGUAA